AUGCGAUGAACGCCUCAUGUAGGCAUCAGCAUGGACAGCUGUGAGUCUCCUGUGGUUUCUGGGACAGACGAUGGGCUCGGCUCCUCCCAGCAGCAGCAACCACCACAGCCCUGGAACGAUCACUCUAGCUCACAGGUCCCCUGCACCAACCAGGCCCCUUCCCUGGACCCCUUGUCUCUCUCUGCUCCCUACCCUCCUCAAUCCCAAAACUCCAGUGACAGGGUGAGAGAACUACACUCACAGCAGCAGCAGCCAAAACAGUCAUCACCCCCAGCCCACUGUGAUAGCUCUGCCACAGGCCAGCUGCAUCCCAGAAGAGAGGGUAUUGUAGAAGAAGAGCCAGAGGGAGUGAGCUGUGGCGAAGAGGAAGAAUCUGAGGACUUAGAUGAAAUGGAGAUUGACAGCUGUUUCCCAAGUCUUCAACCCUUUCCUGGGGUGCCGAUGGCUUCAGGGGGAGGGGGCAUGCCCACUCUUCUGAGACAUCACCCCACACGACAGCAAGGAGCACCUGAGAGUGGGAGUGAGGAAGGAGAGGAGGAAGAGGAAGAGGAGAGCAGUGAUGUGGAGAACCUGGCUGGAGAGAUAGUCUACCAGCCAGAUGGCUCAGCCUACAUUGUAGAGAGCCUCAGUCAGUUGAUCCAAAGUGGUGGGGGCAUGGUACCCAGCCUGCUUCCCACAAACUCUCUCACCAGUGCGGGGAAACCGGGGGAACCUGCUGGGACUUCAUCCUCGGUCUACCCUCACAUCAUCAACACGUUCCACAUAGCCUCGUCCUUCGGGAAGUGGUUUGGCAAUUCAGACCAAGGUUUCCCCAAUACCUCAACCAUGGCAGGCCUCAGCCCUGUCCUGCACAGUUUCCGUGUUUUCGAUGUGCGGCACAAAAGCAACAAGGAUUACCUGAACAGCGAUGGGUCUGCCAAGAAGUCCUGUGUAUCCAAAGAUGUUCCCAACAACGUGGAUUUCUCCAAAUUUGAUGGGCUUGCCCUAUAUGGCAAGGGUAAGCCCAUUCUCAUGUGUUUUAUCUGCAAGCUGUCCUUUGGCUAUGCGCGUUCCUUUGCCACUCAUGCCGUCCAUGAUCACCGCAUGACACUGUGUGAGGACGAGCGGCAGCUGCUAGGGGACAAGCAUGCCUCUGCCAUCAUCCAGGGCAUUGGGAAGGAUAAAGAGCCCCUCAUCAGUUUCCUGGAACCAAAAAACAAGAGCACUCCUCUGCCACCUACCCUGCUUCCCAUUAACUCUGGCCAGAGCUUCUAUGGCACAUUUAGUGGUGUCCAUCUGGAGCCUGGAAGCAGCAGCGGGGGAAGUGACACCCUCCUGAACAAAGACUCUGACUCUGGCCUCCAGCAACAACAACAAACCCCGCUAAGCUCAGUCCUCUCUCUUGGAGGGUUGAGCAUUCCUAAAGCAUCCACUCUUACCUCAUCCCCAGGCUCUGCCAAAGACUCCAGUGCCCUGCCGAAACAGGGAGGGGGAACAGAGGAGCCUGCUGGGAAAGAGUUGGCAUACAAGGACGAGGAUGGGGACACUGAGAGACAUGAAAGCAAGGUGCACCUACCGAGCCAGAUGGGGGGCUCAGAAGAAGAAGAGGAACUGUUAUUAGGGGAAGAGGAAGAUGAGGUGGAGGCAGAAAGCUCUGCAGUGGCCUGUGGUGGUAACAGUAGCAGCAGCGGGGGUGAAGUGGGGGAAACAGCUGUCUCAAACCAAAGCAUUUCCAAAUCUCCUUUAUUAAUGCCUAGUAGCGCUCUCCAGCCUUCUGCCUGCACCUCUGCAGUCAGUUCCACACUCAACAGCAAAGCCCCUGCUUCCACUUCCUCUGUCAAGAAAGAGGAUUCAGCUGCAGACGGUGGGGGGAGGAUCUCAGAACUCCCUCUGAGCUUUAACUGCCAGGGGCCCACUGUUCCCAUGGCAAUGGCGGCAGCUGCCGUCAGAAGGAGCGAGGAUGACACUGCUGGCACUUCCUCUUCACCUCGGUCCUCCAAUGCUGCUGCUGAUGAAAGUGCCAAUCGAGAUAGUGCCACAGCUCCAGAACCAAAUGAUUGCCAGGCAGAGGGAGAGGAGGAAAAUGGAGCCCUUCUGCACCAUCAUCACAUGCACCACCAUCAUCUUCACCUCCAGCCUUCAUCUCAUGGCCACUCCCACCCUAUUGCAGGGGGCUCCUGUGACAUAACAGGGAUGGGCGAGUGUUCACAGAACCAUGGGCCUGGUGGCAGCGGAGGAAGUGGGGUAGAAUGCCCUAAAUGUGACACCGUUCUGGGUUCCUCACGCUCCUUGGGUGGUCACAUGACCAUGAUGCAUUCACGCAACUCAUGCAAGACACUCAAGUGUCCAAAAUGCAACUGGCAUUACAAGUACCAGCAGACGUUGGAGGCCCACAUGAAAGAGAAGCACCCAGACUCUGGAGGCUCAUGUGUGUACUGCAGCAGUGGUCAGAGCCACCCUCGUCUGGCUCGUGGAGAAAGCUAUACGUGUGGAUACAAACCCUUCCGGUGUGAGGUGUGUAACUACUCGACCACCACAAAGGGGAACCUAAGCAUCCACAUGCAGUCAGACAAGCACCUGAACAACAUGCAGACACUGCAGAAUGGAGGCUCCAUUGGCUCUGCACAGGAGCAGGUGUUUGGACAUACCCCAGGAGGAGUGGUAGCUGUCCCCUCAGUGACCCAGGCCAGUAGCCAUCACCCUCCACACCAUCAUCCUACACAGUCCUCCGCCCAUAUGGCUGGACCGUGUGGGGCCCCCUCCCCGACCAAGCCAAAGAGCAAACCUACUUGGCGGUGUGAGGUAUGCGACUACGAGACCAAUGUGGCACGGAACCUGCGUAUCCACAUGACCAGCGAGAAGCACAUGCACAACAUGAUGCUACUUCAGCAGAAUGUGACUCAGAUGCAGCAUGGUCGACUUGGCUUGGGAGCCAUGCCUUCACCCUCGGAGGCUGAGCUCUACCAAUAUUACCUGACCCAGAAUAUGAGCCUUCCACCUGGCCUCAAGAUAGACCCAGCUGGAGCUGAGGCACAGUUCCUGAUGGGGAGCUUUCAUCUGGAUCCCAACAUGGCCGCCCUGGCCCCCGCACUUGUAGGUGGGGAAAUCCCUAUGGAUGUGCGACUGGGCGGUGGCCAGUUGGUGUCUGAAGAACUGAUGACCCUGGGAGAAAGUCUGUCACAAACCAGCGAUCCCUCCCUCAAGCUCUUUCAGUGUGCUGUGUGCAACCGCUUCACCACUGACAACCUGGAUGUGCUUGGCAUGCAUAUGGGAGCUGAACGGAACCUACCAGAAGAGGAGUGGCGUGCUGUGGUGGGCGACUCUCACCAGUGCAAGUUGUGCCACUACACCACUCAGCUCAAGGCCAACUUCCAGCUGCACUGCAAGACAGACAAACAUGUGCAAAAGUACCAGCUUGUGGCCCACAUCAAAGAGGGGGGCAAAGGCAAUGAAUGGCGCCUUAAGUGUGUAGCCAUAGGUAAUCCAGUGCACCUGAAGUGCAAUGCCUGCGACUACUACACUAACAGCCUGGAGAAGCUGAGGAUGCACACUGUUAAUUCCCGCCAUGAGGCUAGCCUCAAACUGUACAAGUAGUCAAACAGAAGCAGGGCCACACUGCUGCCAUGAGAAGAACAUGGCAGGGGAAUGGUUUGGAGGCUUGGGGUGAAUCACUUGGAGACGAAUGAAGAAGUGUGAGGAGACAGAGGUUUGGUGCUAAUACUCCUCGGAGCGGGAAAGGCUGAAUCGUUCUCGACAGCCGUAUUGAUUUUUGCUGGACUUGGAGCUUCACCUUCUCCUCUAAUCAUUCCAUAAUAGCCAAUGGAUGAACACUCUCCGAACAAAUGGCCAUAAAUCUAACAGGCCUGAUUCCACUUAGGUACCUAUCCUGUAUGUCUGCGGCUUUGGCCACUCUGCGCUUAACCCAAACUGGCAUAGCUGCGCAUACACACACACACACACACACACACACACACAUACACACAACAAAACACAAACAAACGCUGACAUCACAUAUUCCCUGUAAGCCUAUACUACAUACACAUCAACAUAAUCUAACAUUUAACAAUGUAAUGUGCACUGUCUCCUAGUACAUGUUUGUUUUAUUUAUAUUAAGUCCACUUCGAUGUCAAGUGUUUGACUCUUAAAAAGUAAAGACACUUUUAUAUUUGUAUUUUAGUAUAUUAUGGUAUUACUACUUUUGGAAAGGAGGUAAUAAAAUGCAUGUCAAAAUGUGCUGCUUCAAGCUUUGUGCUUUAAAGCAUGUUUAAAAACUAACUAAUAUUCUGUUUUAAAAUAAAAUAUUAAACAUACAUUUAUGCUGAAAUAACAGUAAAAG